UUUGAUGGUCUACGAUAUGGACUAAGAGCAGAGCCCUCUGAUGAGUUACAAAAAUCCCUAGCAAAACUAAAGUUGGACACUUCAGACGGUUUGAUGGCAGCUUCCCGGCAAAUAGGCUUUGGAGACGAAGUCAAGAACCGAAUCCUGGCAGGCAACUUCUUCCUCCUGAGAGAGCAAAAGCAUCGACAUUUAGACGCCGCUCGUCGGCUAUGGCGGUGUGUAAAGGACGACUAUACUAAAAUAUUCACACAAGUGGAUUUCCUAUUAGCGCCAGUCAAUCUCCAUCCGGCUCCAAAUUUAGAGGAAUACCAGAAACUGGACAGCCGUUCAAGAAUCGCAAGAGAGGACCCGUGUACUGUUGGUGUUAAUUUAGCAGGUCUACCGGCUAUUGCAAUCCCAAUCAAACUAAGCGCCGAAAGCCGAUUGCCCAUUGGGAUUCAACUAAUCGGCCCACCUUGGUCCGAAAAAGAAUUAAUCAAUUUAGCUGGAAGAAUUGAAGAAAAAGCUGAUUUCCCUCUACUUGUAGAUAUUCCCUCCCUAUUAGACAUAGAAUAA